AAUGACUACAGACGAUUCUGGUGCUACAUAAUUAAAUGCAAUCACAAGAUGGCGCCAGCUCCAUCGCGGGUAACUGAUCGGCGAAGAAGAGGAAGAAGAAGAAGAAGGAAAAAUCGACGAAGAAGAAGGAGAAGGAACGAAGAAGAAAGGUGCAACAGUUUCGAUUCAAAAUGUUAAUCUCUCCUACCGCGUGAGUUCUGAUGAUGCUUACAAGGAUAUCACACUGAUGAAAAAUGGCAUCUGCGUUCAGAGCAAUUGUCAGCCUCCACAGAUUAUUCUUUCUCCAUAAAACCUUUAAGUGUGCCACAGUACAAUCGGCGACAGUCUUCCCUCUCAGGAGACUUAACAAUGUGGCCCCCAACGAGAAUGAGCCCAAAGCAUCCGUAAACACUGAGAAUGAGUCUCUGCUGGAGAACUUGAAUCUGUUAGGAGUGGAUGUGAAGAUGGCUCGCCAACGUCAGCCAGGUGUUCUCCGUAGGGUCUUCACCAACGAGCAGGGCGUGGCUAAGUUCCUGCAGAGCAAAGGUGCCAGCCAACACACCGUGGCUAGCAUCAUAUCCCGUUACCCGCGCGCCAUCACACGCUCCCUGGAGAAUCUGGAGCACCGCUGGCAACUGUGGAGGAACGUCUUCGAGACUGACGAGGAGGUUGUGAGCAUCCUGGACCGCUCGCCCGAGUCCUUCUUCCGCUCCAGCGACAACUGCAAAUUGGAGAAGAACUUAGCUUACCUGUCUUCACUCAGGCUGAGCAACAAGGACCUCCACCGGCUGCUUGCAGCUGCGCCGCGCAUCUUCUCCAACAGCCUGGAGCUCAACAAGCAGAUGGUGGAGUUCCUGGAGGACGUCUGCAUCAAGCUCGGCGGGACCGCUCCAAAGGAGUUCGCCAAAGCAAUCAUAUCCAAAAACCUCUACGUCCUUAUCCGAAGCACAAAGAGAGUCAAGACCAACAUUGAUAAUCUGCAAGCGGCUAUGAAACUGAGCGACGCCGAGCUCCUGGUCUUGCUUCAGGGGUCCGGUGCAAAAAUCCUGGACCUCUCCAACGAAUACCUGAAAAAUAACAUGGCCAACGUUCAGGAGAGGUUUCUCGUGUUGGGCUGUUGCGAAGAGGACGUCAAAAAGUUGAUCGUCAGCUAUCCGAUGGUUCUCUACAUCGGGGCGACCACCCUGAGCACUAAACUGGACUGUCUCCUCAACGGAGGAAUCACAAUGAAGCAGAUACUGGGGAAGCCCAAGGUGUUGGACUACAGCACGCAGAACGUUGCUGCAAGAUUACAGGAGCUUCACGAGAUCGGCUAUAACUUCGAGGCGAACGGCAUCGGCAUCCUGGACUUGAGUCAGAAGCGAUUUGCCGCCAAGAUAGAGAAACUAGUCACUUCCCCCGAUGAAUAAAUGU